AUGGACAUCUGCCGAGCCAAGUUGGUCACGUUUUCCAAAUCAACUGGAUGCGUGCAGGUGGUCGCACAUCCGGGAACGCAUGGAGAUGAUUCGAGUAAAGCGGGCAGUAGAGAUUUGGAUGCCAUUAUAAUGCGAUUCACCAAUCGUUUGGUGUGUCUGCAAGCAAAAUCCUAUCAAAGCUCUGAAACAAUCUAUCAAAACUCACGGAAAUUUCAUGUACCACUCGAGGAGAUCUCAUUGAUUUUGACCGCUGUUCGAGUACCUUACUGCAUUGCCGUUGGUGCUGCAAGAGCAUUUCCAUACGGCUCAAUGAAAAUCAUGCGCUACUUUUUGGGUUUCCUAUUGAUUUCCGUUUACUGUGUUGAGAUUUCAUUUUUAAGCUGGUCGCCAGUUCUAAAAGGCCACCGGUGUACUUGUGAAAAUAUCAGAAUCUUCGCUGUGAUCACGAUGCAGCAGUUGAAUUGCCGAACGACAGCUAUCAUGGCUUGUUUAAGUAUUAUUGGUAUAUUUAUGACGUUCAACAAUCCCUAUUCGAAAGAGUACAAAAUAAUGAAACGAUUGGCAGUAAAAGAAACUGAUGGAAUGUCGCAAGAAAAUGCUCAAAAUGAAGUGAAAAAUAGGAACUCAUUGGGAGGACUGAAAGAAACUGAGGAAGACGACUACGGUGACGGUGAUAUCCAUGUUGGUGGACUAAAUGGAGAGGGAUCAGACAGUGACGAAAAUCAGGAACAUGUUCCAAUCUACGGUAAAAUGUCGUAUAAUAAAUUAAAGCAUUCCGUGAAAAAUCCUGCUAAACAACCAAAAAACCCUUCAAAGGGGAUGAAUAAGAAGGAUAAAAAUAAAACUACCGUAUUGCCUAAGAUUCCUGAAGUGAAUUUGGACAAUGAUGCAUCAAAGAACUCACCAUUUCAAAACAAAAACAUCACUGGAUUCGAUCAAGGGAGCGUUUCACGGAAUCACACAGAAACGUUCUCAUCAUUAAGUGGUUUCCCACGGACAACCACUGAUCAUAGUUAUGGUGAAGUUGCAUUGCCUUCAAAUUCAUCAAGGCCACUUCCCGAUCCUGCUGAAUCAAUUCCAAUAGAUGAUCAACAAACGAGGAACACAAUGAAAAUUUCACAACUAAAUACGACCACAAAAAUAACACGACCAUCAGAAUUAUCAUCACUAAAGUCAAAAGCUGCAACAACACCAGCAACAACGCAAUUAACAACAGCAGAAUCUGUGAUAACACUCGAAGAUGAUGAGCCAUUAUCACACUCACAAACAACGACUCCAGCAAGACCUAUUAUCGCAAAUGAUACAAUCGGACGAGUUCUAACAUCAACCCAAAAAACGUCGCAGCGAGACAACAAGACAACAACAGUGUUGAGUCCAGACCACUUUGUACCAACAUCAACGCUAUCCACGAAUCAAACGACAUCUAUUCCGGAAAGUACUUCAGCUAGCGGGAUGCUCAAUAUUUCAACCACGUCUAGUGCUUCUGUCAUGACCAAAGCAAAACCGCUGCCGUUAUCAGCAGACCAAAUUGUACUAAUGUCAACGGCAUCCACGAAUCGAACAACUUCAAUUCCUGAAAGUACCACAACCAGCGAACUACUCAAUACUUCAACCACAUCCAGUACUCCUGUUCGGUCCAAAACAAAACCACUGUCAUCCUCGCCAGGUCAAUUUCCACCAAUUUCGCUACCAUCCACGAAUCGAACGACAUCAGUUCCGAGAAGUACCACAACCAGCGAACUGCUCAGUACUUCAACCACAUCCACUAUUCCUGUUACGUCCAAAGCAAAACCACUGUCAUCCUCGCCAGGUCACUUUGUACUAACAUCAAUGCUAUCCACGAAUCAAACGACAUCUAUUCUGGAAAGUACCACAACCAGCGGACUGCUCAAUACUUCAACCACGUCUAGUGCUUCUAUCACGACCAGAGCAAAACCGCUGCUGCCACCAUCAGACCAGCUUGUGCCACUAUCAGUGCCGUCCACGGAUCGAACAAGAACAACAUUAAUUCCGAGAAGUACUACGACCAGCACAACGCUCAGUACUUCAACCACAUCCAGUGCUCUAGUCACGACCACAGCAAAACGGCCGCCGCCGCCACCGCCACGACCGGCUGAACCCCCAUUUCGCAUAACGACGAAGAAACGCCCUCCGCAUUCAAGGACCAAGCGAACAAGACGACCACAGCCGUCGCCUAUGCGAACAAGACGACCACGGCCGCCGCCUAUGCGAACAAGACGACCACGGCCGCCGCCUGCUUCAAAACAAAAACAGUAUCUACUUCGGCAAUUUACAACCUAUGCAUUCCAUCGUGCACAAUUUGAGGCAACAACACAGGGUAAGGGUGGCCUAAUAGCUGGUAUCAUAAUUGGGUUUUUGGUCAUAAUCGGAGCUGUUUUUGCGGCUCUUUUUGUUACGUUUCGAAUGAAAAAAAACCAAGUAAGAGAACUUCAACAACAACCCUCAGUUGAACAGCUAACCACAAGUGAAAUGGGUGGUGUCUCACAACUAAUGGAGUCAUCCGCAAGUGAAUGGGCACCUGAUAAGAUAAAUGCAACACAAUUCAACUACAAAGGACCUCUUCGAAUACCUUUUAAACAACCACUCAUUCUUAAGCACGAUCUCGAUGAUGAGAAAGUAUCGUCAGAGCAUGAAGAGGAGCAUGUGCAGUUCGACGAUUCACUGAAUGAGGUUCAUGAAAUGGGCAGUGAAAUCGAAGUUGUUGUAUUCGAUGAAAAGGAAAAGAACGUGAAGAGUGAUGAAAAAACAUCAAAAAAUGCGCAGAGUCGGGAUCGUUUGUUGACGGAUCCGCGAGAAAUCAAAGAAAAAAACGCACAGAAGGCAAUUCGAGAAUAA